UGAUUAGUUCAUGCUGGGCUGACUUGUUUUGUAUUUCAGCAUUUUAGCUUACAGGUUUGGAAUUUGAGCUGAGUGGUUUGUUAAAAAUUGAAAAGAACUAAUAGAUAAUUUAGACAACUAUUGAUAUUGCCUAAUGAGAUGUAUAUCAACAACUGCUUGUACUUACUGAUCUGAUUCAAUUCUAUUUUAGUAAACCGACACCUGUACCAUAUAAAAGACUUCCAUGUGGUUUUCUUUGUUUGCAAUGUAGCUGGGAGUGGGGGCCUAGACUUACAGGGCGGCCUAAGAUUUGGAGAUGUAUGAUAGCAGGAAACGGGUUGUGAAAAGAGGAGAUGAGGUGGCUCUGGCAAUGGGUGUAACUGAAUUUCCAAAUGUGUGAGACAGAUUUUGAUGUAUAUAGGGAAUGUUUAGGAGAGAGUGUGGCAGCUAGAAGUUUGGAGAAUUCUGUUAUGGGCAGAGGGCAUAAGCCUCUCUGUAGGAGGCUCGGACCUGUGGUGAUAGGAUUGAUUUCCUUUUGUAUUUACUUUCUAUUAUUGAAUUAGUGCGAAAAGCCCCUUUUUUGCGCCUGUACUAGUUCUUUUGUUUCUCUGGUCAGGAAUAAUGCAGGUGUAAAUCAGGUCUGUUUGUAUUAUUCAAUAACAGAAAGUAAAUACAGAAGGAAACCAAUCCUGUCUUGGAGCUGAGCUCCUAGGAGAUGCUAAUGCCCUCUGCCCAUAAUUGAAUUCUCCCAAAAUUCUGGAUGUCAUUCUUUUUUCCUAUACAUUGCAUUCCUUAUAUAGCCCAAAUACUGCCUCCCGCAUUUGGUAAUUCAGUUACACCCACUACAUCUGCUUUUUUCACACCUUGGUUCUUCCUACCAUGCACUCUCCAAAUCUUGGGCCUGCCCUGUAAAUCUUGUCCACACUUCCAGCUUUAUCAGUUUGUCUUAUCAAAUAGUUCAUUUGUUUAAACUCUCACCAAUUUAUAUGACUAUUACUCUUGAAAUCUACCUAAGUUUCUGUUUUUCACUUUUGUUGCAUCUGUUACACUUGAAGUACAACGUCCACUGUUUCUUUUUUCCUUGUUAAGAAUUGGUGAGAAAAGAAAAUACAAGUGAAACUGAAAAUAGAUUUGAAUAUCGUAGGACAUGUGGUGUAACGGAAUGUGUCCCAAUCUCAUUUUUGAGAACAGUACUGUUUGAAUAGUCCAAGGUGGCCGAGAUCCUGCAAUUAAUGUUGCUCAGGUCUCUUGAUUAACUUUUAUUUGAUUUUCCUUUUAAAUUGUUAGACUUCCACACUCUCUUUUUAAGGUGGCAUCGAAGUUGGUGAUGUGCAAGACAACAAAGAGCAUUAAACCCUUUAGAGUGUCAGCAGUCAAGAAUGAAUUCAGGAAUGGCUUCAUUAACUCAAGUUCAUUAUAAAGUACAUACUUCUACUUUCAGAAGGGUGAAUCCUAGAAACCAAGGAUUAUUGAAAUCGGGAAAACUAUUCCAACACCCAGGAUCCGCCUUUCCUAGUAUUCACAUUAACCUAUCCCGCGUACGGUGCACGAAGUUAACCCCGUGGGAGUCAUCAUCUGUCACAUAUGCUCCUACUGAUAAUCAAAGUGAUAAAUUUUUGCCUCACAGCGCCAAUAUAUUUGAAACUCUUGAAUCUAGUAAAACUGCUGACUCAUCAACAGCGAAUGCUGAAGGGGCAGUAGAGACAAGGUCUGAGCCAAGCCUGGAGCUUCAGUUUUUCAAAUGGCCGUUGUGGCUUCUGGGUCCUUCUGUUCUCCUUGCAACUGGCAUGGUCCCAACAUUGUGGUUACCAAUAUCUUCCAUCUUUCUCGGCCCCAAUAUAGCCAGCCUGCUUUCUUUAAUUGGACUUGAUUGCUUAUUUAACCUUGGUGCAUCCCUUUUUCUCCUUAUGGCUGAUGCUUGUUCACGGCCGAAGUAUCCAACAGAAGAAUGCAAAAGCAAGGCUCCCUUCAGUUACCAGUUCUGGAAUGUUGUUGCAACUCUUACUGGAUUUAUUAUCCCAUUGUUGUUGAUGUUUGGAUCUCAGAAGGGCUUUCUCCAACCUCAACUACCUUUCAUCCCGUUUGCAGUUCUACUCGGUCCCUAUCUUCUUCUUUUGUCAGUACAGUUUCUGACAGAGAUGUUGACUUGGCAUUGGCAAUCACCAGUCUGGCUGGUUACCCCUGUAAUUUAUGAGUCUUACCGUGUCUUGCAACUAAUGAGGGGAUUGAAGCUCGGAGUUGAGCUCAAUGCACCGGCAUGGAUGAUGCAUACAAUUAGGGCACUGGUCUGCUGGUGGGUGCUAAUUGUCGGUCUGCAGUUGAUGAGGGUUGCUUGGUUUGCUGGCUUAACAGCGCGAGCUCGUAAGCAGCGAUUGUCUUCUGAUGCUUCUAGUGCUAAUGAUGAUUAGUGAUUAAUACUAUUGUAAAUUUAUCCAGAAAGAUACAAAUUAUAAAUUAAGUUUAGUUACGGGAGUUUUCCAUCCCACCCAUAUAUCAUAAUGAUAUUGCUACACAUAGAAUAGAUACAUGCACAAGUAAAUUUGUAUAUGUACACUUGAUCACUGUAUUGUAUGCCGUAUCAUUGGUUGUUUUUGUUUGUGUUAUCUUCAAUUUGUAAACAAAGGGUUUCUGUUUUGUACCUCAAUUUAUGAAGAUGGAAGAAUUAUACAGUUGUUGGUUCAA